CGGGGCGGGACGCUGCGUGGGACGAGGCGGGGACAGCAGGCAGGCGGGCGGGCAGCAUGCUGGUCGGGUUGGUGGGCAGCUGAUUGUCCGUGUUAUUAACUGUGUUUGAGGGGCGUUCCCGCUCGCCUCGCAGACCACGCCUCCCUCACCUACUAGUUCUCUACUGUUUGGCAUCCCAGAGAUGGUCCAAAGUGAUUCCUCAGGGAAGAAAAGAGCGCAGAUCACCCGAGCAGGAGCUGACGAGGAGCCGAGCCGCGGUUACCCAGGACUGCCUCUUAAUUGCGCGUAAUCUUCCGUUUCAUUCACCAGAACAGAGGAGAAGACUUUGUAAAUAAUAGGAAUCGGGGCGAAGGAGGGCGAAGCGCGUUUCAUCUCCCUCGGCUUCCUUUCUCACCGUGGGCUGUUUUGUUGCAAAAAACUGACAUUUUGCUUGUGUUUUUGUCAGCUGCACCUUGAUCCGGGGGACUGUCGCCAACUCAGUGCAGCCUCUCAUCCUGCGCUUCCCCUUUCAUCGCUGUCACGUUGUUCAUCUUCAGAGCCGCUGCUGCUUCCCCCUUCUUUUUCUCCUGGAGUCGCUGACAUGAGGUGCAGCUAACCCUGGAUGCUGACAGCUCCCCUCUUUCCUUCCACAUGUCGCAUCUUUUGUUUACUUUGAGGAACACGCGCGCAACUAAACGCCAAGUGAAAUAGACCACGCCACUUUGCUCCUCUGACAGCGCGAUCAAACAGACGCAAGAGGAGGGGAGGCAGGGAAAAGAGAAGGAGGGAGCCGAGGAGAGGAGAGGAGGAUAGAGAGAGAGAGGAGAGAGAGUGUGAGAGAGAGAUAGAGACGACGUGAAGGUGCGUUUUGAUGUUUGGCAUCCACGAGAGCAUCCAGAGGAGUGGGAGUAGUAUGAAAGAAGAGCCCAUGGUGGCCGGGAUGAACGCGGUUCGGACAUGGAUGCAGGGCGCCGGAGUGCUGGACGCCAACACAGCCGCCCAGAGCGGAGUGGGUCUUGCUCGGGCACACUUCGAGAAACAGCCGCCCUCCAACCUCCGCAAGUCCAACUUCUUCCACUUCGUCCUGGCUUUGUACGACAGGCAGGGUCAGCCGGUGGAAAUAGAGAGAACCACCUUCGUCGACUUUGUAGAGAAAGAAAAGGAAACGACGGGGGAAAAGACCAACAAUGGGAUCCAUUAUAGACUCCAGCUCCUCUACAGUAACGGAAUCAGGACGGAGCAGGACUUAUACGUUCGUCUCAUUGACUCUAUGACUAAACAGGCAAUUGUCUAUGAGGGCCAGGAUAAAAACCCAGAGAUGUGUCGGGUCCUGUUGACCCACGAGAUCAUGUGCAGUCGAUGCUGCGAUAAGAAGAGUUGCGGCAACAGGAACGAGACCCCAUCAGACCCUGUCAUCAUCGACAGGUUCUUCCUCAAGUUCUUCCUGAAGUGCAACCAGAACUGCCUGAAGAAUGCAGGGAACCCUCGAGACAUGAGGCGUUUUCAGGUGGUCGUGUCGACUACGGUGAGCGUGGAGGGUCACGUCCUGGCCGUCUCCGACAACAUGUUUGUGCACAACAACUCCAAACACGGACGCAGAGCUCGAAGACUGGACCCCUCGGAAGGAACGCCGUCCUACCUGGAACACGCAACCCCCAGCAUCAAAGCCAUCAGCCCGAGUGAAGGCUGGACCACAGGGGGCGCAACAGUCAUCAUCAUCGGGGACAACUUCUUUGACGGCCUUCAAGUCAUCUUUGGAACCAUGCUAGUCUGGAGUGAGCUGAUCACCCCCCACGCCAUCCGUGUGCAGACUCCGCCCAGACACAUCCCCGGGGUGGUUGAGGUCACACUGUCCUAUAAAUCCAAACAGUUCUGCAAAGGCACACCUGGACGCUUCAUCUACACAGCGCUGAACGAGCCAACCAUAGACUACGGCUUCCAGAGGUUACAGAAGGUCAUCCCCAGACACCCCGGAGACCAGGAGAGAUUACCCAAGGAGGUGAUUUUAAAGAGAGCCGCCGACCUGGUGGAAGCCUUGUACGGGAUGCCUCACAACAACCAGGAGAUGAUUCUGAAACGGGCAGCAGACAUCGCGGAGGCCCUCUACACGACGGUGCCACGGGGGCACAACCAGCUAGCUGGCCUUGGCAGCAGCUCCGUCCACGCUGGCAUGAUGGCCGUAAACUCCUUCACGGGGUCGGAGGUGGCACAAACGGCCAAUCAGGGUUUCAGUAGGAGUACAAGCAGUGUGUCCCCUCAUGGUUAUGUCCCCAGCUCCACUCCCCAGCAGAGUAGCUACAGCUCUGUGUCCACUAGCAUGAACGGCUACGCUAACUCUGGCAUGGCAACCUUGGGCACCUCGCCCAACUUCCUCAAUGGAUCCGCAGGCAACUCGCCCUAUGCUAUCGUCCCGUCCAGCCCGACCAUGGCGUCAUCGACCAGCCUGCCCUCCAACUGCAGCAGCUCCUCCGGCAUCUUCUCCUUCUCCCCGGCCAACAUGGUGUCCGCCGCCGUCAAGCAGAAGAGCGCGUUUGCCCCCGUUGUCCGACCCCAGAACUCCCCCCCUCCCACGUGCACCAGCGCUAACGCGAACAGCCUGCAAGAUCAAUCUUUUGUGGACUCUAGCAAGUACUCAUCAGCCAGCUCUCUGCAGGGCCUGGCCUUCUCCUGAACGAUUCCCGGGAUGAUCGUUCCACCCAUGUAGAGGAUCUGGGAUGGCUGGAGAUUUGCGGAUGUUGAGAGGAAAAGACACAGUGGUGGAGUCUGGCGAGCCUCUGUUAUGCUCCGGAGCUGAACUGAAGGAAGUCAAGAUACGACGCAGGACUCUGUUAAACUCAGGCCUUUCCAUUGGGAUUUCAUCUGAAGGGAUAGGGGAGAGGAAAAAAAAAGAAAAAGGGGGACAAUAUGAACCUUUUUUGAUGUUAUUUCCCUAUUGGUUGAAUUAGUGUAGCUUCUCUGACAGCCGCGUUGGACGGAGUGUAUAGAGACUGAUAGUUUGCCCACAGUGUGACACUGACCUCAUGAAAAGAGCAUUUAUUUAUCUUUAUGUUUAUGCCUGUAAGGUUUGGGUUUGAUUACUGGAGGCCCCCACGCCGUCUCGCACAAACAACAGUGAAGUGUUGGUUUGGCCUUGAAGUUUACAUAACUCCUAUCACAAUAGAAGCUCAGCCGGCUCACUGAAGAGAGAGGGGGGGGUGGAGGGUGGGGACAAAACAAAGAAAACACGUAACGACACACUGGCCAAGCAGAACGAAGGUCAACAACACAAAAACACAAAGACGGACAGAAAAGAACAAACUCGAUUUUUGCUGCUAAUUACCCCAUAAAUCUAAAAGUGGUCAAAAUCGCCCCCAAUGCUGUUUCAACAUCAGAAACCACGCCUUUCUCUCUUUCUUUUCUUUUCGUUUCUUUUCUUUUUUUUGUAUCUUCUCUCAUUUGGUUUGUCUGUUUGAAAUUUUUAAUAAAACUGUGAGGAUUGAGCUGUUUGCAAUAUGCUUUUCUGCUUUGUCGUGUGAAGAAAAGGGUCGACGGUUUAGCCAAAAUUGACGUUUUAGUGACGACUUGAAAAGCCAGAGGAUGUGCGCGUCCAGCCAGCACUGUACUGAAGGAGUCUAGCAAAUAUCAAAUUAGAAUAAAAGCGUGAUAUAUGUGAUAUAUUUUUGUAUAUAUAAAAAAAAAAAAUAGUUUCAUUUGACACUUCUUUUUUUUUGUUGGGGCGACGAUAGAUAUAGUUUGAAAAUGUAAACAUUAAAUGUCUUAAGGCAGCUUCUCAGUACAGGAGAUAGAUUUACUGUGUGUUGUCAAUAUCUCAUCUGCUAAACAUGAUGGAUUUGGAUACAAAAAGGGGGAUUCCUGUAAAAUAUACCUAUAAAUAAUGUAUUUAUCCCUUGUAUUUGUACAUUGACUCUCACCCUCGUUUAGUUGUGUUGUGUAAGUUUAAUACAGUAAGUGAACAUAUUUCGCCGUGUUUUGUUUCAUUAUUUGCCGUUGUUUGUCUCUCACUAUUUAAAUGUGACUUUUUUAUCUUUUUUUUUUUUUUUUUAGUCGUUGUUUUGUAUGUUGAUUGUUUUUGCGUCGGUAUACCAUGCUUUCAUUUGUUGAUUCAAAUACAUGCCAUUGUCUAUUUUUGUAUUAUUUGUAAGUUAAUAAAAAAAAAUCAGUUUUUGUUCCUUA